UUCAUUGCAGAGGAUGGUAAUGAGAAGUUUUGGCAGUUCUUGGAAACUGUACGGGAAUUAACAGUUUAUAAGCAAGGAGAUUCAGAGUAUUCCUAUUACAAUUUAAUCUUGAAAAAAGCAGGACAAUUUUUAUCCAAUUUGCAAAUCAAUCUGUUGAAGUUUGCACUUUCCAUACGGGCUUAUUCUCCAACUGUUCAGAUGUUUCAGCAGAUUGCAGCUGAUGAACCUCCACCAGAAGGCUGCAGUGCAUUUGUGGUUAUCCAUGAGAAGCACACCUGUAAGACUAAUGAAAUAAAAAAGCUGCUGAAGAAGGCUACUAAGAGACCCAGGCCAUAUCUUUUUAAAGGAGACCAUAAAUUCCCAGCUGUCAAAGAGGAUGGCCCAGUGGUUGUUCUGUAUGCAGAAAUGGGUACAAAAGACUUUGCCAAAUUCCACAAGAUUUUAUCUGAGAAGGCACAAAAGGAGGAAAUUGUUUAUGUUCUCCGGCAUUAUGUUCAGAAACCAGGUCCCAGGAAAAUGUAUUUAUCUGGAUAUAGUGUGGAACUUGCAAUAAAGAGUACAGAAUAUAAAGCAGUAGAUGACACGCAGGUUAAAGGAGCAAAUGAGACAAAAGAAGAGGAAGAUGAGGAAGAGGAAGAGGAAAGUGAUGUCCAGGGAUUUCUCUUUGGCAAAUUAAAACAGAUAUAUCCUGAUCUGAAAAAUAACCUGAAAAAGUUUAAAAAACAUCUAAUUGAAACUACUAACAACAUGGAACCGCUGAAGGUUUGGGAGCUACAGGAUCUUAGUUUUCAAGCAGCUGCUCGAGUUAUGUCUGCCCCUGUUUAUGAUGCUUUAAAGGUAAUGAAAGACAUUGCUCAGAACUUCCCAAUAAGAGCCAGAUCACUGACAAGAGUGACCAUAGACAAGGAAAUGCGAAAUGAAAUAGAAGAAAAUCAGAAGCAUUUUCAUGAAACACUUGGAAUCCAACCUGGAGAAGCACAUUUGUUUCUAAAUGGCCUUCCUAUUGACUUGGAUUUUCAUGAUCCUUUUAGUAUCUUAGAGACUCUUAAACUGGAAGGAAAAGUGAUGCAUGGCCUUCAUGAACUUGGAAUCAAAGAGGAGAUCCUGAGUAAAUUUAUGAGGUUGCAUAUACAUCCUACAGAUAACAGUUAUGCACUAGAUAUUCGUCACUCUUCGAUAGUAUGGAUUAAUAAUAUCGAACAAGAUCACAGCUAUAGCACAUGGCCUGAAAGCUAUCAGGAACUGCUAAGACCCACACUUCCUGGAGUUCUGCAGCAGAUUAGACGCAAUUUACAUAAUUUGGUACUUUUUGUUGAUCCUGUCCAAGAAGAUACAGGUGAUUACAUGAAAGUGGCAGAGUUAUUCUACCAUUAUAAUGUACCACUUAGAAUUGGAAUUGUUUUCAUUUUAAAUACAAAAGAAGAAAUUGAUGGAAAUGAAGAUGCUGGAAUAGCUCUUUGGAGAAGUUUUAGUUACAUUGCGGAGGAAUAUGACACCUUUCAGGCCUUUACCUCAAUAAUUAAGAUGUACCAUGAAGUGAGAGAUGGAAGUGUUCUAACAGUAGAUGAUGUGAAAGAUGUCCUUAGAAGUGAAUACCCCAAUGCUGAUGUUCAGAGUAUACUAGGUGUUCAUUCUGAAUAUGAUGAAGGGAGGAAGGCAGGAGCAACCUUUUAUAAAAGGAGUGGCCUGGGCCCAUUGCCUCAAGUGCUGUUUAAUGGCGUGCCCUUUAAUAGAGACGAGAUGGAUGUUGAAGAGUUAGAGACAGUUAUUCUUCAGAGGAUUAUUGAUGCCACCAAGUUCUUCCAGCGGGCAGUGUUCAUGGGUUUGCUAAAUGAUCACAUGAAUGCAAUAGAUUUUCUUAUGGACCAGAACAACAUAGUUUCCCGUAUAAACCCCACUAUUCUUGGAGCAGAAAGAAGAUACAUACCUUUCAGACCCACAUCCGUUCCAUUUGAUGUGGAAGACUUCUCUACUUUCUCCUUUUUGGACUCACAAGAUAAAAGUGCUGUAAUUUCAGACAACAUGAAGUAUUUAACAAAAAAGGAUGAAGAUGCAUUAUAUGCUGUUACUAUCUGGAUUAUUGCUGAUUUUGAUAAGCCAUCUGGUAGACGACUGCUUUCUAAUGCCUUGAAAAGCCUGAAAACAAGCAGUCAUACACGAGUAGGGAUUUUGAACAAUCCUUCAUCAAAAAUAAAGGAAUCUAACACAGCCAUUGCAAGAGGAAUUUUGUCUGCUUUUCUAACACAAAAUAACAGCAACUUAAAAAGUUUCCUCAGUAAACUCAGUAAGGAAGAGACAGCAAAAUCCCUUGCUGCUGGAACUAAAAUUACUAAAUUCCUCAUCCCAGGAAUGGAUGGCAAUACUUUUGAGAAGAAGUACAACACUUUAGGACUGGAUUUAAUUAAAACCCACCAGAUGUUCUGCCAAGAGGUUCUUAAACUGCUUCCUGGGCAAAUGGCUGUUAUGAGCAAUGGCAGGGUACUGGGUCCUUUAGAUGAAAAUGAAUUCUAUGCAGAAGACUUUGAUUUGUUAGAAAAGAUAACAUACAGUACCUCUGCGGAGAAGAUUAAAGCUCUUGUCAAAGAGAUGGGAAACAGCAGUAAAAGUGGCAGUGAUUUGAUUAUGAAAAUAGAUGCCCUGCUGUCAUCUUUGCCUAAAACAGAGACGAGACAGGAUGCUGAAUUACUUAAAGAGCAGCACAGUGUAGUAAAAGUCGACCCUCAACAAAAUGAACCAUUCUAUGAUGUUAUUGCUAUUGUGGAUCCAUUGACAAGAGAAGCACAGAAGAUGUCUCAUUUAUUGAUUGUACUCAAGGACGUUAUCAAUAUGAAGCUCAGGUUAUUUUUGAAUUGCAAAUCUAAGCUGUCAGAACUGCCACUGAAGAGCUUCUAUCGGUUUGUUCUGGAACCAGAAUUAAAUUAUGGGAUUAACAAACACCUUCCUUCUGAGCCUGUGGCAAAAUUCCUAGAAUUGCCAGAAUCGCCUCUUUUGACUCUAAACAUGAUCACUCCAGAAAGCUGGCUGGUUGAAGCAGUAAACAGUUCAUGUGAUCUCGAUAACAUUCAUUUACAGGAGGUAAAAGGGGCAGUUAUAGCAGAAUAUGAACUGGAAUAUAUAUUGCUUGAAGGGCAUUGCUUUGAUGUGACAACUGGACAACCUCCUCGAGGGUUACAGUUCACUUUGGGCACAAAGAAUAAUCCUGUCGUGGUUGAUACUAUUGUGAUGGCCAACCUCGGAUAUUUUCAGCUGAAAGCAAAUCCAGGAGCUUGGACACUGAGGUUGCGUAAAGGAAGAUCUGAAGAGAUUUAUCAGGUUUUUUCCCAUGAAGGAACAGAUUCUGUUGCUGACCUGACAGACAUUAUUGUGGUAUUAAACAACUUCAGAAGCAAAAUUAUCAAAGUUCAAGUACAGAAAAAGCCUGAUAAAAUGAAUGAAGAUCUCCUUACAGAUGGAACAGGAAAAUAUGGAAAUCUGGAAUCAGUUACAAGAUUUUCAGAAGAAAUUCCAACAGAAGAGAAGGAAAAGAAAAGUGAUAUUCUUAACAUUUUUUCUGUUGCUUCAGGCCAUUUAUAUGAACGUUUUUUAAGAAUUAUGAUGCUUUCUGUCCUACGUCAUACAAAAACACCAGUUAAAUUUUGGUUUCUGAAAAACUACCUCUCCCCUACAUUUAAGGAUGUUAUUCCUCACAUGGCUAAAAAGUAUGGUUUCAACUAUGAGUUAGUACAGUAUAAGUGGCCCCGCUGGCUUUAUCAACAGACAGAAAAACAGAGAAUUAUCUGGGGCUACAAAAUUCUUUUCUUGGAUGUUCUUUUCCCUUUGGCUGUGGAUAAAAUAAUAUUUGUCGAUGCUGACCAGAUUGUGAGAAGUGACCUGAAAGAACUCAGAGAUCUAGAUCUAAAUGGAGCUCCCUAUGGAUACACACCUUUCUGUGACAGCCGGAAGGAAAUGGAUGGGUACCGUUUCUGGAAAUCAGGAUACUGGGCAUCACAUCUUGGGAAAAGGAAAUACCAUAUUAGUGCCUUAUAUGUUGUGGAUCUGAAGACGUUCAGAAAGAUUGCAGCUGGAGACAGGCUUCGGGGCCAGUACCAGGCUCUUAGUCAAGAUCCAAACAGUCUGUCAAAUCUAGAUCAGGAUCUCCCCAAUAACAUGAUUCAUCAAGUAGCCAUUAAGUCUCUCCCUCAGGAGUGGCUUUGGUGUGAAACCUGGUGUGAUGAUCAGUCCAAGAAAAAGGCUAAAACAAUAGACUUGUGCAACAAUCCCCAAACCAAAGAACCAAAAUUAGAGGCUGCUGCCCGGAUAGUUCCUGAAUGGGUUGACUACGACUCUGAGAUACGAAAGUUAAUACAGCAAAUUGAAAAAGAGAAGAAAAAUCUAACAUCGUUAUUUCAAAAAGGUCUUAAACAUGAUGAACUUUAGUACAGCCCUUGAACAACAAUGGUGACAACUCAAGAGUCUUCUGGAAAAGACUGAAGGGGAGUUACAAAUGUUACAAUGGCACUAUUUGCAACAUUCUUUAAUGUUAAGUCAAAUAUUUUAUAACUUAUAGUGUUAUUUAAAACAUUUUAAAUGCAAUACAAAACUGAGAAAUCCACAGGUACUUGGGGUUGUGGCUUUUUUUAUCCAGUGUGGAGUUUGUUUUUCUUUUCCUUCUUUAAAGUACAGUUUGCCCAGAGGAUUUUAGAAUACGUUGAAAGUGGUGUUCAACUUCUCAAAGAUAUGUUGUCAGUCUGGGGGAGGACAUACACAUUAAGUAUGUACAUGAAAACUGGUUUGUGCAUAUUACAUGCAUUAAGUUUAUGUAUUAAAACAUCAAGAGUUUUGGUUAUAUGUCUAUAGUUUUGUCCCUGGAGAACUGCUGUGGUCACAAGGAAGUAUCUCAGUGUAGCAAAGAUAAGACACAAAAAAUAACUUUAGUAAUUUAGACCACACAAAGACAAGUCAACUUGGAAGCUAAAAACAAGGAAUGACACUUUUCAUUUAUUGUGCAGGAUUGCUGCACUCUUACAAAUUUUAAAAACUAAGUUUUGAUUCUUAGGCUCCUUUUGGUCACUUAAAUAGUGUGUCAUAAAAUUCCAUUAUGACUUUGGUUAAGGUGGCUUUCCAACCAGCACACAUUGCAUCAGAAGGUCAGUACCUGAAAGCUGUUUCUACUUGGUUUUGAUUAUCAUCAUCCUGUUUAAAACUGAAAAUAAAAUAAUGAAAUAUGUGAGUAUUUUUGAUUA